CAUACAUGCUUGCUGAAGUAAGCUUCUGUGACUUUUAAUAUUUUGUUUUUAAAGUUUUUCAAUAUCUUUCUUCUCCUACUAAAUUGAUUGGGAAAACAAUUUUAUUUUAUAAAGCUCUUUUUUCAUAUGACUAGACCGGUACUUUAUAUUCAUUAGCAAGUUCAAGUUUUUUCACGAGCUUAUAAUUUUUAUAUCUUGCAGCUCUUCUAUUUGAGCAUAAUUCUAACAAUAUUCUUCUGUGGGAUUGUCAUGUCCCAUUAUACAUGGCACAAUGUGACAGAGAGCUCAAGAGUAACCACCAAAUAUUAUUUCAUAUAUUUUUACGUUGCACUGAGUUUUGUAUAAAUAUUCAUGGUUUUGUCCUAAUCCGUGAUUACCUCACUGUUUUAAUGCUUUUGCAACACUGUCUUUUGUCGCUGAGGUUUUCCUUUUUCUAUAUGUUGGUAUGGAUGCAUUGAACAUUGAGAAAUGGAGAUUUGUGAGCGAUAGGUAAUAUGAAAUCUUGAAGAAUUUGCUGAUUUUUUGGCUGCAAAACCCAUAUUCUGGGUCUGUUAAGGUUACUAAUUUUCAGUUUUCCUCUUCGAAAAUUCCACACCAUGUUUUUGGUUCGUAAUGUGCUUUGUAUUCCUUGAACUUUUGUUGUUGUGAGUUCCGUAUAGCUAGGUCUAGUCAUGGUUGGAAGAGCAGCUUUUGUUUUCCCCUUGUCCUGGUUAAUGAACUUUUCCAAGAAAUCGCACAAUGAUAAGGUCACCCUCAACCAGCAGGUGGUCAUAUGGUGGGUUAGUCUUAUGAGAGGUGCCGUCUCUAUCGCACUUGCUAAUAAUCAGUUUACAAGGGUAGGGCACACGCAGCUUAGGGGGAAUGCAAUCAUGAUCACAAUUUGUUGUCCUCUUCAGCACAAUGAUGAGUACUUGGUAGUUGUUAUGCGAAAAUCAUAGCUUUCUUCUUAAAACAUAUUCUUAAUAUUGUUUCUUGGAUAGUUGCUAUUUAUGCUUCCAUCCUCAUUUGUUUGAGAUCCUAAUCAUUAGUGAGUUCAACGUGCUUUUGCUCAAGUCGAUUUUACAAUGUCGGGUUAAGGAGUGCACCCAAGUGGCUUGGGGUUGUUAUAGUAAUGCAUUGUAUUGAAAAUUUGGUUGGUUUCUUUGUUAAAGGUCCAACAGUUAAGUAUGAAAUCCGUAAACUGGGAUUUUACUUGGUAUGUCCCCUCUGAAUAUACAUGGU